GUUGAAUAAGUGAAAAGAUCCAGUGCAAGUUGAUGAAAGAGAAGCAGUUGUAAGAUGCAAUUAUGGCGACAAAGAGUCCAAGUUUAAACUCUCUCAUGAGUUACCGUUUUGUCAAGAAGCAGGUUCCUAAACUUACGAGUGGCAGCGAGAGUUUAUUCAGCUCGGAAACUAACGGCAGUGAUUCUCCGCAAGGAGACAAAGAAAUGAACAAACAGACAGACAGUCAAACUAGCAGCUGCUCCUCUGCCACAAUUCUCUAUUCUGACCAGGAAGGAGGGAGUCAAAACAGUGAAACUACCAUUCCAUACAAUCCAAGCCAGAACUUAGGGAGUCAGGAUCCCUUCCUACAAAACACAGAUGAGGGGCUGACAUGUAGUCCAGAGUCCCCAAUAUUUCGUGGAAAGGUCAAAGGGUCAAACAGGAAUUAUAUAAAAGAUGAAGACACAGAACCUGGGUCCUCCCCUUGGCUUUCUAAAGAGCAGGGUAUAGUUAAUGGAACAGCCUCUACCUCAUCCAAACAAAGAAGGAAGUCUAAGCAGGAGGUCAGACAGGGGUUUGGGGACGACCUGACCCCGGACCAGACAGAGGCUGUCAAUCACCUGAAGGCGAUGUUCCCCGACAGAAGUAUGGAGGUCCUACAGCAAGCUCUGGAGGCCCAGGCCUGGAAUGUUGAGGAUGCCGUCGAUCACAUGAUUGAUUCAGCCAAGGUCCUGAAAAAGAAAGGGGCCAAAAAGCGAAUUAUACGUCUGGUGAGUAGUGACUCAGAUGAGGAAGGAGGGUCACCAAUCCAUCAGCCCUCCAAAAGGGCACGACCUCUAGACUCCAUUGACCUUGACCCGACCCAGAUCUCAGAAGAGGAAAAGAAUGAAAGGGUUGUCUUUCUUCAGGAGGCAUUUCCUGGGAAAAAACGAAGGGAUCUACAGAGAGCGCUGGAGAAUAACAACUGGCAGACAGACGAUGCUCUUCUGGAGCUCAGUAACUUCAUGGAUAACGGAAAAGAGAGACAAGCUGCCUUGGAAGAUGAGGAGGAAGAUUUUAGGAGUGAUGAUGAAGAAGCAGACAGCGAUGAUAGCAUUGAGAUGGACACAGAGACGGCUCGUACAGAGAGAGAGAAGAUCUUGGCCUUCUUUGAUGAAGCGACAAUUGAGGAAUUAUCUGCGACACCAGGGUGUUCCAAGAAACGAGCAGAGGUCAUCAUAUCACUGAGGCCAUUUAAAAACUGGAAUAAACUCACAACAGAAUUCUAUAACAACAAAGCCUUGUCCUAUGACAUUAUUAGCGGAUGUAAGGACAUCCUUCGUGUGCGACAAGUUAUCGUCAAACUGAUGCAGAAGUGCGAGGGGAUCUCAAAAAAGAUGGAGGCAGUGGUGUCAUGUCUGACCAAGAAAACAGAGUUUGAUGAGAGCAGUGAUGACGAGUCCAUACAAAUAACAAAACAGCCCCAGAAUCUGUCACACGGUUGUCAACUGAAACCGUUCCAGAUGGUUGGACUGAACUGGCUCCGUAUCAUGCACUCCCAGCACCUCAACGGAAUCCUGGCUGAUGAAAUGGGACUUGGUAAAACAAUACAGACCAUUGCCUUUAUCGCUCAUCUAUUGGAGGAAGGAGAGACAGGGCCACAUGUUGUUAUUGUUCCCUCCUCAACAAUAGAGAACUGGAUGCGGGAGUUUAACACGUGGUGCCCCGAGGUGAACCUCCUCGUAUAUUACGGUUCUAUGGAGGAUCGCCGGCAGAGUCGCAUGUCACUUCUGUAUGACAAACACAUCAAGUACAACGUCGUGCUCACAACAUACAACAUGGCUACAGGAAGUGUAGAAGACCGGGCGUUGUUUAAGAAAGUGGAUUUCCAUUACGCCAUCUUUGACGAGGGUCACAUGUUAAAAAACAUGUCUUCUCUACGCUACCAGAACUUAAUGAAAAUAGCAGCCGAGCGCCGACUGUUACUGACUGGGACACCGCUACAGAACAACCUGCUGGAGCUAAUGUCCCUGUUGUGUUUUGUGAUGCCAGAAAUCUUCAGUGGAAAAACAGACCAACUCAAACAGAUGUUCUCUAUGAUCAAUAGAGGAGUGGAUGAUAAAGCCAAGAGUAAAUAUGAAAGGGAGAGAAUCCAGCAUGCCAAGAGAAUCAUGAGACCGUUUGUUUUACGGAGGCUGAAAUCCGAGGUCCAGCGGCAGCUGCCAGAGAAGAAGGACCGUGUCCAGUAUUGUGACCUAAUUCCCCAGCAGAGAGUGCUGUAUCAACAGCUAAUCACCAAAUUCAAACAGGUGAUGAAGGAUGACCAGGUCAAGGAGUCGCGGGACGGAGCCUCCAUGUUGAUGCAGCUGAGGAAAGCGUCCAAUCACCCGCUGUUGUUACGGAACCAUUACACCGAGGACAUACUGAUGAAGAUGGCAAAACAACUUACAAAGGAGCCUUCCCACAGAGAGAGGGGGGCGCUGGCUGAGCUGAUCCACGAAGACAUGAUGGUGUUGAACGAUUACGACAUCAUGAAGCUGUGUGACCAGUACAAGAAAUAUAUAGGAAGUUACAAACUAGAUUCUCAAGUCAUCAUGGAGUCGGGGAAAUUCAAGGAACUGGAGAAACUUCUGGAAACUUAUGAAUCUCAGGGAGACCGGGUUUUACUCUUCAGUCAGUUUACAAUGAUGAUGGAUAUUAUGGAGGAUUUUUUGAAGGCCAAGAAUUACUCGUACCUACGUCUAGACGGCUCUACACCCGUACCAGAAAGACAAGAGUUGAUAGACAAGUUUACCAAGGAUGAGAGCAUAUUUAUCUUCAUGUUGUCUACAAGAGCUGGAGGUCUUGGGAUCAAUCUAACAGCAGCUAACGUAGUCAUCAUCCACGACAUCGACUUCAACCCGUACAAUGAUAAACAGGCAGAGGACAGGUGUCACAGAGUGGGACAGACCAGGGAGGUGUCAAUAAUUCGUCUGAUCAGUAAAGACACGGUAGAGGAGGGUAUGUUGAGAUGUGCUCGAGACAAACUCAAACUGGAGAAAGAUAUAACUACGGAUGAAAGCACAGAUAAAGAAAAUCCUUCUGAUGUGGCAUCCCUCCUCAAGGGGGCGCUGGCAGGCAGUUCUUGACCCCAGCUGAACUCUAGUCCACCAAUCACAACUCAGAUUAUAAAGUUCAUGACCUCAGAACAAAUUCUCAUACAAAAAAAUCAAAGUCAAAAAAACAUUUUACAUAUCUUUGAGCCAUAAAAUGUGAAGGUUGGAUGAGGAGCAUUAGAUUUGUGUAUGGUAGUGCUAUUGGAUGUUGAUUCAAAGUUUGAUUCCUUGAAAUGAAAGCAGUGCUAACCUGUAUAUUGUAAUUAUUCUUGAAUUAGUAGACAUGUGAACAAAACAAGGAAUUUUGAGAAUAUAAUCUUACACAGGAAUGGCAUCCUAUUUCUCUUAGAAGAUUGUGAUGACCCCAUUUUGUGUUUAAGUCCCGGGAGAAAAAAGGAAGAGUGCAGGGAACCCUGGGAUAAUUUUUGAGACAGCAAGGAAUGCUGGGAAGACUGUUCUUUGUCUCGUUUGAUUAACUGUUUGGUCAUAUGAUGGUGCAUGUACAGUGUUGUGUAUGUAAACUUGUAACUGUAAAAAGUGAAUCAAGGUGUUGUCACAUUGAACUUGUAUGAAUCUGAAAGUGUGUAGAUAAUUUUAGAUCUUUCAGAAGAAAACAAGACUUAUGCAGCCACAUCUAAUAAAUGAAUCUAGGAUCAGAUGAUGCCAAAUGUUCAGUAGAGGUUGCAAAGCCCUCAUUAGAAAACUGUUUUAGUUGAGGUACAGUAAAAAAGAGUGCUUGUUGAUAUAUAUAAUUUACACAAUAUGCAGCAUAAAUGAUUUCUUAUAAAUAUAUAAACACAAACUUUUUGUUGUCUGAAACCCCCAAGUCCAUGUAAUUGAUUAAUUAUGUUAAGACCAGAUGUGAUCAAAUCUUUGAAUGAAACUCUGUGAUAUGUGUUUUAUCAGUUGGUAAGAUUGGUUUGAUACUUGUCAGAGAAAAAAACUUGAAAUGAUCUUAUCUAAGUUACUGUUAACAUUCCUAAAAUUCUUAUUUCUAUUUACCGUAUAAGUAGAAUUUUUAGCGAGGAUUUAAUUUUGGCAUUAUUAGCGAGGGUGCCGAGAUCGCUAAAAUUGAAUAUCGCUAAAAAUUAAUUGCGUUUUAUUUGUAAUAGCUUCUUAAAUAUGCAUUUUAAAAUCGCUAGAAUAACAUCUCGCUCGCUAAAAAUAAAUUACCAGUUUUUAGGACGAAUCGCUAAAUGCGUCUCGCUAAAAUAUACUUAUACGGUAUUUUAACAAUUUAUGAUACUUUUGCCAAUAUAUAGGUUCUUCUUUUGUGUUAACUUUUGUGAUAUUAAGGAUAAACAAACAAACCUUUUUUAAGAAAUCAGCAAUAUUUUUCAUAUAUUUCAAUCGGUAUCCUUAAUAAUGUUUACCAGUUAUAGUGGGGAAAUUCAUAAGAUUUUGUUAAAAGGUUAGAAAAGUUGUGCAAAAUUUUGUAUAAAAUUAUCUAGAAACUAGUGCAACAAAGUCUUGUAUCUAAGCACCGAAGGACACUGGAGUCUAGACUUCAAUUUAUGUUCUAGGGAUAUAUUAUUUUCAGUCCAAAAUACCAUGGUUUAUAUGAAUCCAUGCAUUAAAUUUUUGUUUGUGUUAAAUAAUCUUGAAAAAAAAACGGUGAACCAUCCAGUAAAUUGGCUGUUAAUCCGGAUUUAUCAUGUUUUCAAUCCAUCCCAGACCCUAAAUAGUUGUGUAAGUAAAGAAAAGUGUGAGUUUUUCUUUUGCUCACAACAUUUUUAUCAUUAUAUGUAUUGUAAACCAGUGACAUUUUGCCAACAUUAGAAUGGACAAUA